AUGAAGAAGAUUGACGCGCGACCCGAGCCGGCACGUGCACCACCGAGCCUGCAAGACUUCAAGGGCACCCCAAGCAAAGGUGUGAGCAAGACAGGUCUGUUCGAGGAUGCGGAGUUCCCAGCCAGCAAUGCAAGCAUCGGCGGCGUUACAGGGGAUGCUGCCAACCCCAACGUGGCGCAGUACCUGGAAGAGAUGAUGAAGUUGGUGGUGCCGGGAUGGGCGCGUCCCCGUCAGAUGGUCGGGAAAGAGGCUGGCGAGCACAAACUCUUUGCCACAGAAGGCGAGCCCUGCCUCUUUGCACGCGUUUCCCCACGCGACAUCGAGCAAGGCUACUUGGGCGAUUGCUGGCUGGUCAGCUCAAUGGCGACUCUGGCAGAGUAUCCGGACCGAGUGCGGUCGCUGUUCAAGCAGAACACCCUCACGGAAGAUGGGCGCUACGACGUGAGGCUGUACGACCCGACGUCAGAAGAGUGGAAGGUGGUGACCAUCGACGACCGCCUGCCAUUCUGGCAGCGCCCAGGCAAGCACGGCAACCUGUGCUUUGCCAAGCAGACCAAGGAGAACGAGUUCUGGCCUUGCUUGCUGGAGAAGGCAGUUGCCAAGUUUGUGAUGUCCUAUCACCGGAUUGACGGUGGCUUUGAGUCAGUGGCCAUGGAGAUGCUGACGGGCAAGCCCUCCGUGUGCGUUGGGCUGAGCCAAGUGCCUGGUGGCGCGCAUGCCCCAUAUGCACUGCUCUGCGGGCAGACGCCUCAGACGGCCAAGCACGCCACCGUGUUAAUGCGCAAGGAGGCCUACGACGCACACUGGGGCUACUGGGGUCAGGAUGCUUCCGCCCUUCUGGGUGGCAAGAAGCAGCUCAGCGAUGACGAGCUUUGGAACAUGCUGAAGGACUGGGACAAGGUCGGCUACAGCUUGGCCUGCGGUUCGCGCUGCGCCUACAAGGGCAUCUUGCAUGGUCAUGCCUACACUAUCCUUAGGCUGCUGGAGGUUCCUAUCGACCGCAAGACGAAGGCGGGCAUUGAGGAGAGGUUCACCUUGAAGAUGGUGCACGUGCGCAACCCCCACCGCACCAACGAGUGGUUCGGGCGCUUCCACGAUGAUGACUGGGAGACCUGGAACAAGUACCCUGAGGCGCUCAAGGACAAUGGCGUGUUCUGGAUGGACUGGACAGAGUUCAAGCACGGUUUCAGAGACGUCGGCAUUUGCUUCGACAAGCGGAGCGAGGGUACCCGCUACACCGACAACUCCAAGGCUGCCAUCAAGGAGCACCAGGAGGUGAAAUUCGGCCAGGUGGGCUACCAGAAGUGGGAGGGCCUUUAG